UCUCUUCCUGUUUAUCGAUUCAGCGGUGAAGUUUUCUCUUUUUUACUCCAGAUAUAUUGAUGAAAAAAAUAUUAAUCAGGACGGGAAAGACAGAACUUCAACGACAAUAGACAAACAUUUCGUUUCGUAAACAGUUUGAUUAUCUCCUCUUUCUUUUUUCAACGGAUGCUCACUAACUACGUUUCCAAGUGCAACCAGUUAUCAUGGACGAUUCAGCAGAGCGAUUUUUAAAACGUAAUCCGAAUGUGUCAUUCCCAAUGCCGGAAGCUAUUUUAGACAUGAAAACAUGAGAAAAAUAACAACCCUUUCUAGGUGAUUUUAGUCUAGCUAAAAUCAACGUUCACUUAAAGUGUCCGUCUUUACCACCCUUCCCCUAAAUGAUUAUGUUUCAUGACUCAAAUCUUCGUUAACCGCUGCAGACAGCUCCUACUGUAUUGAUAAUAGCAAGAGAUAAGUCGACUAACGGACAGCGCCAUUCACAAUGCGCAUUUCGGAGGUAUUCUUCACACAAUAUUUGAUUUUGCUCAUCUUGGUUAUCCCGUUUGUUCAAAAUGGGCCUCAAAUUCCGGCUAAAAAGUACCACAUCCCUAGCAUACGUGCCAAUUGGUUUAAAGCUUAUGAAUUCUGCAACUCGAUCGGGAUGCAGCUGGUGACGAUCCGUUCUCGGGAGGAAAAUGAUGCUGUAGGGAGUUUCAUCGAAGGAACCGAUAAGUUUAAUCCCAUCGCUUCCUUUCUUUGGAUUGGCGGAAGUGAUCUGGCCGAGGAAGGUGUAUUCUCGUGGAUGGCCACCGCACAGCUACUGACCUUCACUAAUUUUUAUUCCGGGGAGCCAAGCAAUGCGAACGGAGGAGAAGAUUGCCUGCAUCUUGUGUACCUCCCUUCGAUGGAAUUGCGAUGGAAGUGGAACGAUAAUAAUUGCAAAAACAAUUCUCUACAUUUUGUCUGCGAGAAUACAUCGUUGGAUUGUGUGACAUUUUUUUAAACGAUAUGUGUGCAACUUUGAUUUGCUUGUUAUUGCUUUGUAGAGCUUGAAAAUGAUACGAAAUAUGUAGAAAUAAAUACAUCGCAUAGAAGCCUAAUUGUUGUGAAGUUUUACGUUCAAUAUAUUGACGUAGGACUACGUCUUUAAUUUCUA